GACGGUUAAAGGAAAAGGCUUCGCCCUGCAUGCCUUUGUUACGAGCCAUGGCCCCCGUAGGGCGACUGGCGGCGGUCCGCCGAGGUGUCCGCCGGGGGCGCGCUCUUUCUGCGGCCUUGGCGCCCGCGCCCUGUCCUCGGCCCCAGGAGGCGGCUCCCUGAGUCUUGUUCGUGUUUUUACCCGGGGCAGGUCGGGGAGGGACCGUGCGACAGUCAACCCGAGGUCACCCGGCCCAGCGGAGGUGUGGGGAAGUUUCGCCUGAGCCCCCGGGGCUGCUCUCGGGAUCCCAUGGCGGCCGCGGCGCUGAUGGACCGGGCUGGGGGCUGUGUGACCUUCGAGGACGUGUUCGUGUACUUCUCCCGGGAGGAGUGGGGGCUCCUUGAUGAGGCUCAGAGGUGCCUGUACCGUGAUGUGAUGCUGGAGAACUUUGCCCUUGUGUCCUCACUGGGUUGCUGGCGUGAAGCAGACCAUGAGGAGGCCCCUUCUGAGCGGGGCACUUCUGCAGAAGUGUCGCCGGUCAGGACUUCCGAGUCAGGUUCAUUUAUCCAGAAAGCCCGCCUGUGUGAGCUGUGUGAUCCACUCUUGAGAGACCUUUUGCCCCUGGCUGGACACCAGGGACCAUCCCCCACGCUGAAACCAUGCACGAGUGGCCCAUGUGGGAGAGGAUUAGUAUUCAGAGCAAACUUCAACCAGUACCAGAAGCAAUACAGUGGAGAGGAGCCCUUCAGCGGGGACAAUGGUGGGGCCUUGUCGGUCAAGAGCUGUAUAGUCCACACGUUGGCCAGGCCCUUUCCUUGCAGAGAGGAUGGGAUGGACUUGCUAGACAACCCUGGCCUCCUCCAGUCCCAGACCCCUCACUGUGGGUCAAGUCCAUGCAAGGGGACUGGGUUCAUGGAAUCUUUCCCAUCCAGCUCCAGCCUCAGGCGGCUCCAGGAGGACCAUGAUGCACUGAUGCUUUUCAGUAGCAAUGACGAUGGGAGAGCCUUCCUGAGCACCUUUACUCUGCUUGACAAACAGAUGACUUAUACUGAAGGGAAGCCCAUGAGUUGCCUGCCACGUGGAAAUGUGUCCAAGGAGAAAUCGGCUCUUAUUCACCACAGAAAAGUUCACAGUGGAGAAACAUCCCAUGUGUGCAAGGAGUGUGGGAAGGCCUUCAUUCACCUAUCCCACCUAAAAGUGCACCAGAAACUUCACAGUGGGAAGAGACAUUAUACAUGCAGCGAGUGUGGCAAGGCCUUCAGCCGCAAAGAUACUCUUGUCCAGCACCGGAGAGUCCACACUGGAGAGAGGUCUUAUGACUGCAGUGAGUGUGGAAAAGCCUACAGCAGAAGCUCCCAUCUUGUCCAGCACCAGAGAAUCCACACUGGAGAGAGGCCUUACCAGUGCGGUGAGUGUGGAAAAGCCUUCAGCCGUAAAGACACGCUUGUCCAGCACCAGAGAUUUCACACUGGAGAGAGGCCAUAUGAGUGCAGUGAGUGUGGGAAAUUCUUUAGCCAAAGCUCCCACCUUAUUGAGCACUGGAGGAUUCACACUGGGGCGAGGCCCUAUGAAUGCAUCGAAUGCGGGAAAUUCUUUAGCCAUAACUCCAGCCUUAUUAAACAUCGGAGAGUCCACACAGGAGCAAGGUCUUAUGUGUGCAGCAAAUGUGGGAAGGCUUUUAGCUGCAAAGACACCCUUGUCCAGCACCAGAUAAUCCACACCGGAGCAAGGCCGUAUGAGUGCAGCGAGUGUGGGAAGGCCUUCAGCCGCAAGGAUACACUUGUACAGCACCAGAAAAUCCACACUGGGGAGAGGCCUUAUGAGUGUGGUGAGUGUGGAAAAUUCUUUAGCCACAGCUCCAACCUGAUUGUACACCAGAGAAUACACACUGGGGCGAAGCCUUAUGAAUGCAACGAGUGUGGGAAAUGCUUCAGCCACAACUCCAGCCUUAUCCUGCACCAGAGAGUUCACACUGGAGCGAGGCCUUAUGUGUGCACUGAGUGUGGAAAAGCCUACAUUAGCAGCUCCCACCUUGUUCAACACAAGAAGGUUCACACAGGAGCAAGGCCUUAUGAGUGCAGCGAGUGUGGGAAAUUCUUUAGCCGCAACUCUAGCCUCAUCCUGCACCAGAGGGUUCACACAGGAGAGAAGCCUUACGUGUGCAGUGAGUGUGGGAAAGCCUACAGCCGGAGCUCCCAUCUGGUGCGGCACCAGAAAGUUCACACUGGAGAAAGGCCUCAUGAAAGCAACAGUUUGGGUGACCCUUUACCUGUGUCUCUUAAACUUGUUUAGCACCAGAAAGUUCACACUAGAAAAAGGCCUUAAGCAUGCAGGAAAUGUGCUGUCUCCUCAUUCAGCCUCAGGACUCAACAGCAGAGGAAAGCCCUGUGAGUACCUGUGGUGCUGAGGGAGCCGUGAGCCAGCAGGUGGACCUUGUGCAUUCAUGUUUUCAGCCUGGCUCCAUUCCCAGGAAGUACCAUGUAGGUAUGUGGCACUUUCUGAACUGUCUGGGACUCUCGACAGUUAUGUCAGUGCCAGUGCCUGUGGCAGAAGCCACCUCUGUUGCUAGCUGUCAGGGUCCCACGGUGUGUCAACCACUCCAACAUGCUCAGGGAAGGCAGACCUCUGCUGCUCUCUCACUUAGUCCCUAGAGGGAAUCAUGAGCUUUCUGAGCCCAUUGAAGGUCUUCACUUCGUCCUCCAUGACUGGGUUCUGAAUGGUGUGAUCUAGCUCUGGGCACAAGGACUUGAGCGGAGAUCUGCUGGGAUUUCCAGAUAAGAUUUCUCUUCCUCGUGGGCAAUGUCAGCUGUAAACACAAGAGCCACGAUUCUUCCUGCUUCCCAGCCACCCACCAUAGGAACUGCCUGCCCUGUGCUGCCCUGGUUUGCACAGUGGUGUAGGCCUGCUGUGGCUGUCUGUACUCUUGGGGGGCUGUUCACUGUGUGAUAUGGACUGAGAAAAAACUGGUUCUGCCAACAUGAAGCAACAUGGGCUUUUGUUGGCACCAACUUUAUGUGCCUGAGAAGGGACAGCAGGAUGGCAGCAGACAGAUCUCAGUCUAGUGUAGCCUGAUUUGCAUUGUUUUCCAAGGCUUGCUGGAAAAGACUGAAGGACUUUGUGUGUCUACUCCUGUAGCCUGAAGUUUGGAUUUCCUGGGAGUCCAGAGUUAAUUGUGUGAAGGGCAUAGUUGGUGUGAAAAGCCUCUAGUGCUUCUGGAAGCAACAUGAAUUGGGUCCCUUUUUCUCAGGAAAUCCUCCAUACUCCCCAGCACUUUUGAGGGGUUUCUAUCUCCUGGACCUGAUGUCCAGUGUCUGAUGUCCAGAAUCCCGUAGGCAGGUGUCAUUGACUGGAGGGCUUACAGGGCAAGGUGCGAAUCAUAAUUUGUAUAGAAAUACUUAGAUAAUUGAAUGGAGAUAACUGGCAAAUGAGAAGAUAAUGUAACCUAAAGGAGUCAUCUGCAAAUGUCUGUGCGAUUGUGCCUGGGUGGGAUGGGAGUGUACAGAAAUUCUCAGGGCCUUCAGUGUUCGAAAGGUUUAUGGAUUACUCUACCUCCCUGGACUGUUGAUGCCAUGGCCAUCGCUGCACCAGCACUGAAAAAAGAGAGGCCCAGGGGUAGGGCUUCUGGGACCCAGUCAAUAGUCUUUGCAUACAAGGUGGAAAUGGACUUCAUGCUCUCUAGUUCUUGCUGACAUUGAGAAAGCCUUACCCUCCUAAACUGUGGGGUGAGGGAUAUGGUAGAACCAAAAUAGUUGGCAAAUGUUUCCUUCCAAGAGGGAUGGUAAAUAUGCUUGUAUUUUAUUGCGGUAUGAUCAACAUGAAAUAAACUGCACAAAUGUGAAGAGUAAAAUGUUUCAGCAUAUGUAUGUACCUGAAAAACCAUCACCACAAUUAAGAUAACAAACAUGUCCAACAACAACACAAGGGACUCCUUGUGUCCCUUUAGCACCCUUUCUUCCCAGUCCUUUCUUAACCCGUUUCCCUUGAUUCACAAGCAGCAGCAAGCAUUUUCUAGAAUUUUGUGUAAUAUGCUAUCUGGGGAGUGGGAACUCUGGCUUCUUAAAUUAACUAUGGCUGUUUAGAGAUUAAUCCACCUUGUUACAUGUAUCAAGAGUAUGUUCGUUUGAGUUGUUGGGUGUUAUUCCAUUGUAUGGAUAUACCACAAUUGUUUUUUAUCCAUUCAGCUAUUAGUGGAUA